UUAUACUCCUAUGAUAAUGCUGGAGAUAUUUUUGCUCAGUGUCAUAUUAACAAUUUCUCAUAACUAUUUGGAACUGUAAUACGUAAUGAACAAGUGAAUGGAUCAAUAAUUAAAGAUUGUUGUAUAUUGUGUCUAAAAUAAGUAGAUCAUGAGUCGCCAAGACAAGCAUAUAGUUAGUUAUCUCUAUCCGGAUAUCCUACCAGGGACGACAUGCAGUAGACAAUGAACUGUGGUGUUGGUAAGGACGGUGUUUGUAAACAUCUGUGUGUUAUGCUUCAGAAUUAAGAAAGAUGUUGGUGAGUGGCGUGUGGUGGGGAGAGAGGCUUGUGAGGAAGCUGCUGUUGAUGCUGCUGCCAAUGGGUCCUCUGCUACUUCCUGAUGACCACCACCUGCUGCGUUACUAUGUUGCCAUCAUGAGGGUGGUGCGUCCUCUCUUCGUAAAGGUCUUACUACUCCUCACCAAGAAUAACAGCAACAUGAAGCAGCUUAUUUAUCGUCUCCCAGGAUAUUCCAACAGACAAUUCAAGAAGGACUUCGGUGAACUGGAGCGACGCCACCUGGAUGAUAAUGUUUCUCCUGAUGUAUAUGAUAUUUCACUCAUAUUCAAGCUGCUGCAGCUUAUCUGUGGUCUAGCUCAUAGGGAUGACGCCAAGUGGUCAACUAGAGGAACAUUGGAACACAAUUUAAGAACUAUGAAAAAUUACCGAAAUGAAUUUGCUCAUGAGGAACUGUCAAUAACUCGUGAGAACCUGCAAGAUCGUAUAUCUCUAAUUGAAGAACUUUGUCGUGAGGUGCUUGUGGCGACGGGUCGGAGAUGUCGAAUUCUGGUAACAGCUGAAGUUCGGGUGAUGGAGGAAGCGCUGGAGGAGAUAUUGACAGGAAGCAUAGACCUCUGGGAGCCAUACAGGGAGGCACUACACAACCUGCAGCAGCAACAGUGCAGCACCAUGGUAAGGGAAGGAAAGAAGGAGAUCAGGGAUGUGGCCAAGAAGCUUCGUAUCCUCAACCCAUUUGUCUGGCUCUUGGAAGACAACUUUUCUCACCUAGAUGUGGGCCACAUCUUCACUGAGGUACAGAUUAUGGGUGGUGAGCUUGUUGAAACCCAGGACUUGUUCACCACAACACUAACACCAUCAGGAUUACUACCUAGCACUCUCAUUCUACAAGGUCCUCCUGGGAUAGGCAAGACUAGUCUGGUACGGUAUUUGAUACAUGACUGGUUGUCUAGUUUUCCAUCAACUAAUGGUCUUGAUAACUUCGAUCUCUUAUUGCCUGUCGAGGCGAGGCAUGUCAGCUGGAGCAGCGUGCAGCAGCUGUUGAGGGAACAGCUGCUGCCAGAAACGUGCCGCUGUCUGAGUAGUGAUGACGUGAUCCCCAUCCUGCAGGAGAUCUCAACACUCUGGCUCAUCGACGGUUAUGAUGAAGCAACACAUAAAACUAAACUAUUAAUAAAGGAGAUACUAAUUAAGUUUCCAAAAUCAAAGUUUGUCAUCACCACUCGAACUGAGUGUACGAAAGAUGUAGAAUUGCUGUUGAGCGACGUAAAGGUUUCUAAUAUUGUGUUUUCUAUUCAUGGUUUUUCAGAAGAAAACAGAACAAAAUAUGUGGAGAAACUGUUUGCAGUGUCAGUGCAAAAUAAAGCAAAUUGCAAGAAAUUCUGCAAAGACUUCCUACAAUACCUCAGUGACCAUGAGAAUCAGAUGCUGGAGGUGGCCAAGGUGCCCCUGUUUGUGGCGAUGUUGGUGGUGCUGUGGCUAGAGACUCCUGCAAAUAUAACCAGCGCCACGACAGCCACAAGUCUCUACCAGAUCCUCAUUACACUCAUCGUCAACAAGAUGACCAGACGCCUCAAGCUAACGGCUACCGGGCUCAGUGACCGAGAAGUUAGAGAGAAUAUGGACAUUUUCCUGAAUAUGAUUGGAAGAAUUUUUUGGGAAAAUUCUAGAGAUAAUGUUUCUACUCUUCGUGACCAUCAAAUUAAAGAAGUUGAGGGCAAGUGUAAAGAAUUAGGUCUUCCUUUUGCAGAAUGUAUGCCACCAUUUUUCCUGGUGAUAGUGAAGGCAACAACCAUGGGCACAACGGAGGAGUAUCAGCCUCUACACCGGACAGUCCAAGAGUUCCUUGCUGCUCGAGCAUUCUGCACAGCCAUGAUAUCCCAAGACUCUGAUGUGCUCACUAUCGCUGGUCAGUGGAAAAAGAAAACUACUGUGGAACCAUUUUUCUCAAACAUUGAUGUAGAAGAAGAAAUGAGAAACAAGAACACAUUUACAAUGAAGAAACUAUGUGAGGACGAUGGCAGCCUGUUUAGAGAUUUUGGUUUUAUGUCAUAUUAUAAUAUUUUUGAGGACAAAUACUCAGCUGUGUUCGAAGAUCCUGAGAGUGAAGAUUGUGGAAGACGUCACUGUCAGUGGUACUUCCAUUAUCUUACUUCUUCUUCGAUGGUUAUGCCAUUUAUGGCAGGAUAUCUAAAGUUACAGAAUCAACUGUCUUGUGCCAGAGCAGAACAGAUUGUUUAUGUACAGGUACACGGGAGAGAAAGCGAGCCCACGUAUUUUUUGUUUCUGGCUCUUGUACAAGAGAGUGAAGCAGACCGAAACCUCAUUAAAGAAUUGUCAUUGCAGAUUUCAUGUUUUCAAUGGAACAUUUCAAGUAUUUAUGAAUUUGCUGACGUUCAGGAACUAAUAAAACAUAUUCCUCCAACCAGUAUAUUAGUUUACCCGGAGGUACCAAUGUCCAAUCCAAUACUGUAUAACAAAAAUAUGAUCAAAUUUUCAUCUGAAAUUGCUAAAUUGCCAUUAGAUAUUCACCUUGACUUCAGAAACACUCUCUUACCUGCAUUAGAUAUGAGCAAUGUUGCUAAGGAGUGCCUGAGGGAGUUGUUGGGGGACUCAGCACAGUGCUGCCUCACCAGCCUCUGUUGUUCCCUUGGCCAAGACCUGGAGAUUCUGACACUGUUGAAGAAGGCGAGUGACCUGCAGGAACUCGCUCUUGUCAUCCCUCUUGACUGCCUUCACUGCCUCACUGACCUCAUAAUGAUUGUAGAGUCUCUUCCACUACUACAGGAGUUUAUCCUCAUCCUCGGUCCUCACAUUCCUGCCACUCAGAUGGAUCACUUGCAGUAUGUAAUUUUAGGAAUGUUUCCGGGAAUACCUGGAUAUGAGGAAUAUAAAGGUAUUGUCCCAGUUCCUCUGAAAUAUACAUUAACAAAGGAAUCAAAAUCAAAGACACGUCGUGGUGUGAUCAGCUCCCCAAGAUGCACUAGUCACUUGCUCUAUUUCAAGAUGAACUACACCAUCACACUAUCCAGGAAGCCGCGCCUGGGCCAAGUCACACAAGCCUGCAUACCUUCAUACCUUCGUAGUGUAGAUAUUUUUGACCUCACCAAGAGCACUGAUUCAUCUUUCAACGGAGAAGACAUUCCCACUACUACUAUCAAUAAACCUACAAGAAUCAGUUUGUUCGUGAAAUUAGUUAAUGGCUAAGUGAGACCACAUACACAUAAAGUAACUUUCAUUCAUAACUACCUGCAACUGUCACUACAACAUUGAUGCUUGUUUUCUAUAGAUUGUUUAUGCAUCACCUGAGGAAGUAUUUACUACCUCAAUUAGUGCUGGGAAGGAGUUUUUUCAGGUGAGGUCAGGUCAUGUGAGUUGGUUAAUUAGAUGACCUUGAUUUAUGACCCUAUAUAGCUGACGUACACACUUACCAUGACCUGAGACUCACACAAUACUUAUUUAUAUUCUUAUCUUCAAAAAUUCCUGACAUUAUAAAUUUUCACAGAAGCUUUUCAAACUGUGUGUCACCAAAUGCUUAUACAUUAUACCUAAAAUAAUCAUUAUUCUCUAUUCUUCACUAUUAUGUACAAUUUUAUCUUGUAUCUUCUAGUAUCAAUAAAGUUGUAAAAAAAUAUAUUAUUAUUUAUUUUUAUUAACGUAACUAUACAGUGAUAAAUUUGUUGUAGGGAGGAGAAUUCUUGAGGUGGAGUACGCUGGGAUGGAGUAGGCUGAGGUGUAGUAGGAUGAGUGUGGAGUAGGAUGAGAUGGAGUAAGCUGGGGUGGAGUAGGAUGAGUGUGGAGUAGGAUGAGUGUGGAGUAGGAUGAGAUGGAGUAAGCUGGGGUGGAGUAGCCUGGGGUGGAAAUUCUUCAGGUGAUCCGAUUUUUUGGGGGGGGUUAUGUGAGGUGGCCAAAGUAUUAAAAAGAGAAAUGUGUGUGUGUGUGUGUGUGUGUGGGUGUGUGUGUGUGUGUGUGUGUGUGUGUGGUGUGA